CCUUGCCUCGCCUUCCAUCCAUCUCAACCUCCGUUCCAUUCCAUCAACACCAUCCUUCCUAACGAGCCAGCCCUUCCGAAUUUGUGCAGCAGCCGCCUCAGCACACCCCUCCUCCUCCUAUACCUCCAUAUUGCUUAAUCUACCAGAUUUCUUCUCCGCCUUCGCCUCCGCAUUCACCCUCCUCGUCGACGACAAACUUACGUUGCAAUUACGUGGUGCGGUACGCGCGGAUACUAGGCUACCAUCCAAACGACCGACAGCAUACGACGCAUCCCAGCUCAAACAGGUGGCCACUGGAUAGCCCACCCUCUUUGCGCAUUCUCGUCCAGCUCAGAUCCGUUUCCUGGACGCUCGUCUACAACGCUACACCGGUUUCUUCUUCCUGCGCCCUCCUAGCAACUAGCGACAGAUAUCACCCUGGUCUAGUCCUUGGGCCAAUCACGUUGUUGUCGCAAACCGAUCGCGAGCGAAGCUGCCCCUCCCGAUAUUGUUAAGGUCUGUCACUUGACCACAUACCCGUCGAUACGAAGGAAACGUUCCUGUUUCUUGCGCUCACCUUCGUUGUCUACCGAGACUCUUGGAGAAAACAGUCGCUGCGUAUAACUGCGUCAUCUCUACAUCUCGCGAUUUUUUGGCGUUCAUCGACACCAUGGCGUCCACCUCCUUCAGAGACUCGAUGAACUCCCUGGGCUGGUCGCGGCGGGACCAGGAUGUGCCCGUCAACACAGCGCAGCAGAGCGGCCUCAUGUCAUCCAUCAAGUCCCUCAACCCAUUCCAGAACAAUAGUUAUAUCCAGCUCCCGACGACCGAGGGCGCCGGCGCGCCUCUACCUGCUGCCAACCGGAGGGAAGAGGAGGAAGGCUUCGCCACCCUGAGUCGAUGGGAUCGUUUGCUCAUCUUCGGUGCCUGCAACCUGGGCGCCCUUGCCUGCUUCGUCCUCUGCUUCGCCUUCCUCCCGGUAUUGUCAGUGCGGCCGCGCAAGUUUGUUAUUCUAUGGACGCUUGGUUCCCUGCUUUUCCUGGCAUCUUUUGCAGCUGUAAUGGGCCCGAUGGCUUACGCGAGGCACCUCAUCUCCGGUACACGUUUGCCCUUUACUGCGGCCUACUUUGGAUCGCUCGCGCUAUCCAUGUACUUUUCGCUCGGUCUUCGCAGCACUAUUCUCACCUUGGUUUCGGCUCUCGUCCAGCUCGCUUGCCUCGUGUGGUACCUUGUUAGCUACUUUCCCAUGGGCUCAAGUGGUUUACGGUUGGCUACCACAUUCGGAGCCAGAAGGGCCGCCGCCUGGAUGACCGGGUAAGGGUGUAAGACAUAUGUACAUUAUAUAUCACCAGAGAGAGAAAACACGGCGGGCCAACAGCGGCCAGUCAACAUAAAAGUGAGGCGGAGAGGGCAAAACAUGUAUCAUCAGUUUUUGGCGUUGCUUCUCGUGGUUGCACCUAAUCAAUCAGAAGAGCGGUUGACGAGGAGAAAGUAGUGAUAAAGAGAAAGUGAAAAGAAAAAGAAAAGGCGGCACCUUUCCUUUCG